AUGGUUCUGUUCAAUCAAGUGUACUGUAUUGAUUACAAUGGCUGGAUUAGUGGAGCUUCAACGGCACCUCCACCAAAACAAGUGGAUUUCUCAUCGCAAACCAUUCCAGAGUUAAUUUACACGCGCGCUAGUAGCGAUCGUGUCGCAGCAGUUUUCGAUGCAGAAAAGGUGUCACUAACUUUUGCUAAAGUGGUAACGGAGAUGGAAGCGCUCGCAGCAGGUUUGCUAUCAACAGGGCUUGCACCAGGAGAUCGUAUACUCAUAUGCGGCAGCAAUCAUUCACAA